AUGCCAAAGGAAUCAUCAAAAAAGAAAAAGACCAAUACUCGUAUUGAGAUUACUCGGGAGAUGAUGACCAAAUAUUUCUAUUGUCCCCAAACACUUGCAGCAAGAUUGCUUGGUGUGAGCAUCAGCACUCUCAAGAGAAGAUUUUAUGAUUUACACAUUGGCAGAUGGCCUUACCAAUGCAUUUCUCUCAAUGAGAGAAAGAGAUCCAUUUAUUUUCUCAUGAACGAAACCGAACCUGAGGAUGACAAGGAAUUGGAUGAAAAGACCCUAAUGUAUUUGAGACAUGCUUUUCGUGACGCAAGUAAGCCUCUCAGCCAUUCCAAUCCAAUGUUGAAUCCUGACCACCAUUCUCAACAACCACCUCCUACACAAUUUCACUUUUGCUCAUUUGUUGUUGAUGAUGGAUGUGGAAAGAUUAUGCCUACCACCAGCUUGAUUACGACCACUGCUGUGAGCACACCAACCAGUAGUGGCAGUAGUGGAGGAGGUCUUGAUGGUGCUUCUUCUGGAAGUGAGGGUAACAGUCGAAUGGCAAAGAUUGAGGUACAGCCACAUCUUGGAGGAGGCCUCUCUCCAUUGUUGACUGCUAAACAACAUGGCAAAAAGCAGACUCAGAAACAAGCAAGAAAAAACAAGAAGAGAGAAGAACAGAAGAAAUCUCAUCGAAUGGAAACUGAUGAGGUUGUUCUCAGUUCUCAAGGACAAACUCGUUCCGUAGCAGCUGCAUUGAACAUGACCGUCGAAGGAGACAAUCAUCCACCGUACUCGGGCCACCACUCCAUGACGCAAUCCAUGACCGCAAUGGGUGUGAGAUCUUGUGCGGUCAGUGGUGCUGGUAGUGGUGGUCUUGUAGAUCCUCAUCAACACCAUUAUUAA